UCUCUCAGGGAAUGCGCGGCCUAGCCAUCCCGGCGCCGACAGCACCGGCGGCUGCGGUGGGAGCAGAGAUAAGGCAGCCGUCCACUAGCCUCAGUGUGGCAGCGUCGUCUGAGCUCCCUGCUUCUGGUUCGACAGGGACUAUGGGUCAUGGCGCGGCGACCUCGGGCCUCGGGGAGUCCGUUGGGUCGAGAGAGCCGCAAGCUUACGCCUCCUAUGGAGGGCUUUGGCAGGGACAGGAGAAUGAACGGGCAAUGAGGGCGCACCGAGCAGAGUUGGAUGCCUACUACGCCGCCGAGGCGUCACGACAACCCCCGCUGCAGAUGAGUUUGGGUUCCUGUCUGCAGCCUCAUGCGCAGGAGGACGAUUUUGAAGUACCUCUUUCAGAGCAGGGUUCUCGGAGGCAAAAACAGCGCUUACAGAGAGAGUUGGCGGCAGGGAAUUUGUCCGCUGUCAGCAAGCUCGGAGGACAGGUCGUAGAGGUGGCGCGUCGGGAGGAAAGCUGGGAUCCGUACCGGUAUGGCCCUCCCAAAAAGAAGGAGAAGGUCUCAAUUGCCGCUACCUUUUACGAUACAAAAACUGGAGAAACGGUCACGACCACAGAGGCUUCUCGAACGCACAAAAGAAGACAUCAGAUAAAUACGUUGGCAAUACAAGCAGCUGAGCGGGAGGCGGAUCUCUUGGAAGGGAAGGCGCGCAGCAUGCAAAGUAAAGCCCAGACCCAGGGCAAAUAUGGG